GUGGGGCGUGGCUUGCUAAUCCCGGAAGCGGCGCGUUUCCUCCCGCUGCGCGCGCAGCUCCGGAAGAAGCGCUGCGGCCGGCGUGGCUUUCUUCGCAGAGGACAGGAGUGAUCAGGUGAAAAGAUCGGGGGGAGGCGGGGUGGGGGGCUUCCUUUGGUUUCUCGCUAUGCGCGCGCCGUCUCCCCUCCCCUUAUUUUUUUGGCGGAGGGGUCCGCAGGCUGUUUCCCAGCGGGGGCCGCAGGUAAGCCCCCAGGGAGGGCCCCGCCUGCUGGAUCGGACCCAAGUAGGGUUGACACCUGGCCUGUAUUUCAAUGUAAAAAAUGCUACGUCCUGUGGCAUUGAUUUAGUUUGUCCUGUAUUUCAGGUCUCUCUCCCCCCUACCCAUUUGCCAAGUGAGGGACCCUCUCCAAAUGCACCUGUUUGGAAGGAUGUGUGAAAGGUCAUGUAUUUAAGCCGUCCCGGGUAUCAAAACACAGGCAAGAUUUACAGAUUCAUGUGCCUGCAUGUGUUGUUGUUGUUUAGUCAUUUAGUCAUGUCCGACUCUUCGUGACCCCAUGGACCAGAGCAUGCCAGGCACUCCUGUCUUCCACUGCCUCCUGCAGUUUGGUCAAACUCAUGCUGGUAGCUUCGAGAACACUAUCCAACCAUCUCGUCCUCUGUCAUCCCCUUCUCCUUGUGCCCUCCAUCUUUCCCAACAUCAGGGUCUUUUCCAGGGAGUCUUCUCUUCUCAUGAGGUGGCCAAAGUAUUGGAGUCUCAGCUUCAGGAUCUGUCCUUCCAGUGAGCACUCAGGGCUGAUUUCCUUAAGAAUGGACAGGUUUGAUUUUCUUGCAGUCCAGCAAGAGUCUCCUCCAGCACCAUAAUUCAAAAGCAUCAAUUAUUCGGCGAUCAGCCUUCUUUAUGGUCCAGCUCUCACUUCCAUACAUCACUGCUGGGAAAACUAUCAAAACACAGGCAGAUUUACAGAUUCAAGUGCCUGUGUGUGAGAGAGAGACAAGUUCCAAGAGGGGCCAUCUUGUCAGGCUGCCAUAGAUUGCAAUGCAUUGCUUUGAAGUCACUUCAGCACAAGGUGGGGAAAACAACAACAAUUUGGCCCCCAGCUGCCCCACUUCACCCUGUCCUGUAUUUUGCCUGAACGAAGGUAGCAACCCUAGACCAAAUAUCUAUCUGGUCCAGCACCCUGUUUCCUGCAGUGGCCAACCAGGUGUCCCCAAGCAAGGAGUGAGCACCAUAUCACUCCCUUUCUGUGUGUCCCAGCAGCUGGCACUCAGAGGUGUUGCACUUCUGAUAUUGAAGUGAUUGGGUUGCGUUUUUGUUGUUGUUUUAAGUUAUUGGACCUUAGAUUGUGAUCUUCGGAUGAAGGACGGUAUACAAAUGGAAUUAGACUUCAAAGUGCCUGGCCAGACCCCAUCCACCCCCAAAAAACCAUCAGGGGAACUGUAGUGAUUAGAGGGCCUGACUAGGACUUGGGAGACCCCAGGAUUCAGUCACGGUCUCUCAGCCUAAGUUACCUCACAGGGUUGUAUUAAUUUUUUUUUUUUAAGUUACAAAAGAAAAACAAAGUAGAAAAAGAGAAAAAACAAACCACUUCCAACCAUACAUAUACAAAUUCAAAAUAGGAAAGAAAAAAAACAAAAAUACACCACAAACAUUUAAAAACAUUUAAAAACAAAUCCAUUAUUCUCAACUCCUCAACUGUCAUUACCCUCUUUCCUUGACCUCCUCCUCCUCCCCUUCCUUGUAUCCUGUUUGUUAAUUGUCACAGCAAAUCCUUUCCAUAUUUCAUAAUAUUCUGUCAUUACAUUACCUUAAACUAUUUUAAUCUUAUCUUACUAUAAAAAAAACCUUGAGACUUAAAACUUAAAUCUUAUUUUUACCAACUUCUCAUAACCAUAAUAUUCUUGCGUAAUUCUUUAAACAUUUUUACUAAAGCCAAGUAAUUUCAUUCCAACAUUUUUCUAACAUUCAUCAAUUUUAUAAAACAGUCCUAGUAGUGAAAAAAAGAAAUAAAAACAAAUCCAAUCUUCAUCCAGCGUCCCUUCCUCCUGGUCCCGGGUUUUGUCAGUCCUUAUUAUCCCAUCAAUCUGGCGCAUUAACCUGGUAAUCUUAUAUCCGAGGCCCUUAAGUCCAUUCCAUGUCCCUUCCGCGGCUCUUCUUCAUAUUUAUAGCUGUAUUUUCCUUUGUCUCCUGCUCCUUUCACUCGUGGGAACUCCAACUUAGCAAUAUUUUUGACCCUUCUCGACAGAUCAGCCCCUUUUCCAUAAUCGACACUAAAUUCCAUGUGGUAUUUAAAAACAUGUUUCAGAAUCCCUCCAAAAUUGAGAGCCCCCACAAUCCCAAACAUCUCACGGCCCAUUGCCAGACUUGAAAAGUCCAAUUUCAUAGGAGGGUCUAUCCAACCCCCCAUUUCCAAACCAAACCAAACUUUUUCUUUCCAAAUCUGGCUUUUUCCAAGUUCAUUUGUCAAAUCCAAAGCUCAUAUUCCUGUAGGGCCUGUUCUGUCAGGACACACUCCUGAUUUAAUUCCUGGGUGGGCUCCACAUAUUUUCCCACUGCCUGUUCAAAAUUUCCCACUGCCUGUUCAAAAUUUCUAAUCGAAUCAGCCAUCAAAUUCGUCUUCUCAUGUAACUGUUCCAGUAGGGCAUUUGUUUUAUAGAAAGCACACAACAGAGCUUCUGAAUACAUUGUCCUGAAGGUCAGAUGUCUAUUCCCACGAUUGUAAUCUGUAACAGGUGCCAGCUCCCAGGAGUUGGUUACAGUUUCACAGUCUCCCUCUAGGGGGAGAACUUCUGUUUAAUCUUUCUUUUAAAGACAAGUCUAGCAACAGAGUUUCCUUUUUUUCAGAUAUUUUGUCAAUAUUUGUUCCUUUAAGGUGCGAAAGGAAACAAUGGAAUCACUAUGUUCCUCUUCUUUUAGCUAUCUGUCAAAAGCGCUUGUUUCUGGUCAAUGAGCUUCAAACGUCAGUCCUGACACCCCGCUCCAGGAUCAGGACGGUGGAAAGUUACUUACUUUAAACUCACUUCUGCAGGUUUAAACAGUCCAGAAAAGAUCCCCCUUCUUCUCCUGCUGCCGAAGGGGGGUUCAACAAUUUUAAAUGAUGAAAGCCAAUCCUUUAGAGGCGAUUUUCUGAGCUCUAGUUUACGUUGUCUUUGCUUUAUUCUGUCUACAAAGAAACGGAAGGCUGACUUCCUGUUUAGACCUUCCCGUUUCAGUACCAAAUUGAAGUAAAAUUUUUAAGUCCAAUUCCUUUCUGCUCGCAAGUCCUUAUUUAAAGUCCAAUUGUUCAAAGUUUAAGUACUCACGGGUGCUUAUUUUAGAAGCCAAUUUGUCCCAGGAAAAGGCAGCGCUCUCCGGCAACAGCUGUGCGGCUUCGCUCCACGGAAAUAGCAGUUGACUCACAGCACCGCGCCACUUCCCCCUCUUCGCUUCGGAGCCCGUUAGUGGGUUCCUUUGCAGGUUGGGGGGGCGCUAAGGGUGCCCGCCGAGUCCCAUGGUCACAGGCUUCAUCCGCCUGUGAUUUUUAAAAGGGUCCCCGCUUCGCCGUAGCGGAGAAGACCCAUUUCGCGCGGAGCUAGUCCCUCCAAUUCAGAGGGAGUCCGCCAUUGCCGAUGGCGCCCCCCCGGAAGUCCCCCACAGGGUUGUAUUGUAAAUCAGGGAGGGAGAGAAGCACACACACCACCUUGAAUGCCUUUAACCUGUAUUUUAAAUUGGUUCUCCCCCCCAUUAUGUUUUUACUGUGAUUUUAUUGGUGUUAGCUGCCCUGAGCCUGGCUCGGCCAGGGAGGGCGGGGUAUAAAUAAAAUUUACUAUUACUAUUAUUAUUAUUAUUAGAGCAGGCAUAGGCAACCUUUGGCCCUCCAGAUGUUUUGGCCUACAACUCCCAUGAUCCCUAGCUGACCUAGUGGUCAGGGAUAACAGGAAUUGUAGUCCAAAACAUCUGGAGAGCCAAAGGUUGCCUAUCCCUGCCUUAGAGGGUAUAAAUAAAUAUAAUACAUAAAUAGUGCCCUGCAUUGCUGUCAGAAGCAUGAAAGAAAAAGCAGAAAGGCAUCAAACUGAAAAGGAAGGAGACCUUCAGCGGCACAAGUUUGUUUGUACAGUAGUUGGUGUUCCAAACAUGGUUUGAAAUUAACUUUGGACUGAACCUAGUUGUUCAAGAAAUCAGUUGAACAGAACUUGGUCUGAAAUGUUUUGGACUGUGUAAGAAAGAUUUACUUUGUGUACCUGGAGGUAUCCUCCCUCCCUCCCUUUCUCCUUUCCUUUCUUCCUCUCCUUUCUCUUGCAUUGGCCUGCCUUAAUAUGGGUUCCUGGGCAGCUGUACCUGGGGUGCUGCACUGGCAAACAGUGGGUUACAUCUUGCCCUGUGUUUUCCUCUUCAUAGAAGUAAACAAAAAAAUGGCAAAAAGCUUGAGGAGUAAAUGGAAGCGAAAGAUGCGAGCAGAGAAGAGAAAGAAAAAUGCCCCCAAGGAGCUUGCCAGAUUGCAGAACAUCCUCAAAACAAACGCUGAUGUUCUAAUGGAUGAGGUGAAAGAGAUAGCAACUGUCGUUCCUGCUGAGAAAGUCAUAAAGAAGGAGGAUCAGGAGGGUGAGUUGACCUAUUUUUUGCUUUUGCUCUAAGGAAUGCCACAAAUCAGCUCUGAAAAAUGGGAAGCAAAUAUUACAUACAUCCUUUGCCAGAAACGCUUUCCCUCUAAUUCAUUUGUUGUAUGCUUUUCUUAUUUCCAACCCCUCUUUUUGUUUGCCAAGUCUCUCAGCGUCUCUAUUAAUGAAGUUCAGCCAUUGCUACUGUAGGAAAGCAACUGCUUCCUUGGCAAGUUUAGCCAAUACAGUGGUACCUCGGGUUCCAUACGCUUCAGGUUACAGACUCAUCUAACCCAGAAAUAGUGCUUCAGGUUAAGAACUUUGCUUCAGGAUGAGAACAGAAAUCGUGCUCCGGUGGCGCGGCGGCAGCAGGAGGCCCCAUUAGCUAAAGUGGUCCUCAGGUUAAGAACAGUUUCGGGUUAAGAACGGACCUCCGGAACGCAUUAAGUACUUAACCCGAGGUACCACUGUAUAUGUUGUGCGGCCAAAGGAAUCUAUGUAGAAGAAAUUUGCUGUGCUCUCCCAAGUGUAUUUUGAUCCAUAGCUUUCUUUAUUCAAAUGCUGAGCACUUUCUAUGGGACUGUUGCCUAUGUGCCCAAAGGGUUCAGCAUCUGAAGUUAAAUACAGUGGUGCCUCGCAAGACGAAAUUAAUCCGUUACGCGAGUCUCUUCGUCUUGCGGUUUUUUCGUCUUGCGAAGCACGGCUAUUAGCGGCUUAGCGGCUAUUAGCGGCUUAGCAGCUUUAAGAAAAAGGAAACAAACUCGCAAGAACUCGCAAGACGUUUCGUCUUGCGAAGCAAGCCCAUAGGGAAAUUCGUCUUGCGGAACGACUCAAAAAACGCAAAACCCUUUCAUCUAGCGAGUUUUUUGUCUUGCGAGGCAUUCGUCUUGCGGGGCACCACUGUAUAGGAAGAACAAAGCAGAGGGGAAUAUUUAUAAAGUAUAUAUAAUAUCCCCAUACUUUCUCACACCAUCCUCUUUCCAGUUCUUCUCUCCUCCCACAACCAGUCAGUAUUAGAAGUAGCCUGAAUCAUUUAUCUUAUUUCUUCCAACAUCUUUUGAUUUGCUUUCAGCACUAGCUGCUGUAACAGUUCACACUGCUCAUACUGCCUUAAGUGUUUUCCCCCCUUUUCUUUUCCAGAAGGGAGUAAGAUGGACAUGGAUUCAAAAAGAAACCAAAAAACCCUUCUGGAUGAACAUGGACAGUAUCCAGUAUGGAUGAAUCCCAGGCAGAGGAAGAAGCUCAAGUCAAAGCGGACCAAAGGGAAGAAUAAGCACAAACCACCUAAGGGAUUAGCAUGGUAGAGGCUGGGUGAAUUUCAAAAAAAAGUCAUGUGUGUUUGUGGAAGACUUUUAUGUCAAAAAAGGCAACCACAAAAACAAAACAAAAUGUGACUUAAACGAUUACUGCCCUUUUCACUGUUUGCUUCAAAUGACUAAUUUCUUGCUUCAGACUCUUGGACUGUCACCUUGUGGAUGUCAGUUUGGAGGCACCUUGGAAUACUUUUGAUUAAAUAAAACUUUCACGUGUUUAGUAUGC